AACGAAUUUUACAAUACAAGCAUAAUUUCUUGUGUUUGUCUUUUCGUCGUAGUGGUUUGUUUUAAUUGUUUUUAUUAAUAGCAAAAAGUAUUGUUAACAUUAUUCUUAUGUUCCAAAAUGUUUAAAACCAAAUCAGAGGUUGAUCGCCAUGUCAACAGUUGCUUAAAAAAGAUUAAUAACGAGACUGAGAGAAACUUACGAUGUUUCUCAUUCGCCAAACUGUACUUUAAUGUUGGCGAUUAUGACCAAGCUUACAGAUAUGUAUCUUCUUACCUAACUGUCAAACCAAAAUCUGCAGAGGGAUAUCAAUUAUUAGGAAAAUCUCUAGAGAAGUUAGGGAAAUUGGAUGCAGCCUUAGAUGCAUUCAAACAUAGUCUGCAGAUUGAUCCAAAACAAAAUAAUCUAGUAGUAAAAGUCUGUGAGUUAAUGUCAUGUGACAACGUAGAAUUGGAUUUAUCAGGAGCGAGAUAUUUCUGUGAUCUAGCUCAAUCAUUUGAUCCAAACAAUUCAGCUGUACGAAGUUUAAAAGAAAGGUUGAUAACAACAAAAGAGAGUCCAUAUGAAAUUUCACAACUGCUACUAAAAGAACUAGAAAUCAGACCGACUGAUAUUAAACUUAGAAUUAAAUUGAUUAAGCACUUCCUUCAGAAUAACAUGAUUAAAGAAGCUUAUAAGCAUGCAUCGGCUGUAGAAGAAAAAGACAUUCCUAGUUUUUACAACAAUAUAAACUGGUAUGAAAAUUUUGCUGAGGUCCUUUUAAGGUUCCAGAAAGAUGUAUCUUUGGAUUCAGAAAUUAACUGGGAUUUUUGGUUCCUCUCAGUGUCAGUUUUGGAACGACUAGUAGCUCUAAGUUUAGAUGAUCGAUACAACAUCAGUAGUUCUGUAGAUUGCAUUACAGCUACAUUUAAUCUGGACCAGAUGUUACAUAAAGCAUCUCAGAAUAUUUCUAGCUGCCCAGAUCGGAACUUGGUAGCGAUAUUUUUGCGCCACUACCAAAUGCAGUUGUAUUUCCAUUACUCAACACUAUUAUUAAAGCAAGGGAAAAAAGAUGUAAUACCUUUUAAGGAAGUAACCAAUCUCGUGUUGCCGAUUCUCUUCACUGCCUAUCAUUCAAGUUCCAUAGACCUACAAAGUAUCUGGUUUUCACAAUCAUCUGAUCAAAACAAGAAACUGGUACAGAAGUGGUAUAGAGACUCAUGCUACAGAUGCUCCCAAACUGGGCAUGUACUUUUAGCAAUGGCAAAAGAUAAAAAAUCCAUAGUGCUUGAAAAAGCCGCACAAUAUUCUUCAGGAAUGUGGCGAGAACAGUUGUACAAGAAACUUUUUGUUAAAAGAGAGCAACAUCUCAAAAUCUCAUCCAGCUUCUUUGUAAAUAACGUCCCACCAGUUGAUCCAAUACUGAAACUACCAGAUGUGAGAGAUUUGAACAAAUUUGAUGAGAUUUCCCAACUGUCUUUUCCAAAUUCUUUGCACCAUUACAUCUGGAUCAUGCUCAAUGGAAAUAUGGCGGAUGUGAACAUUGUUACAUUCGAAGGAUUGCAGUACUCCACCAAAAAUUUGACAAAUUGUUCUGCUGAGUCGAUAAAUCUUCUCGAUAUUUUUUCGUUUAUUUGCUGUGCCACAAUAUGUGCGAGAUCUAAUUUGAACGACAACAAACUGUCCUAUUACGUCACAUUGCCAGCAUCGAUUACAGCAAAUUUCGGAACAAUUCCGCAAGCAAAUUUCAUUGAAUCUGCAUAUAAAAUGUACACAAAUGAAGCUUGUUCACAAUUCGGAGAUAUAAGAGCUUUGUUGAUUAGAGGUAUCGAGGUUGUGAGAUGUGUUGGACAUCAUGGCUUGGACAUUAAAAUUUUAGUACAACUAGCAAAUAUAUUCGAAGAACGGUCGAAGAAGUUGACCAAACAAUCUGAAAUCGACUUCAACAUUGCCCGAGCUGAAUUGUACUGGAAGACUGCUUUGCCCCUUUUAGAAAAAGUAAAGAAUGAUCAAAAGAUCGCCUACGCCAACAAUAGACUGUUUCAGCUGAAAUCAAACGAAGUGACAGCAUCUGAAGCGAGCACUUUCAUCGAAAAGGGUCUAUUGUUCAUAGGUACACAAUUAAUGAAGAAAAAAGACCAUGAUCAAGCACUGGCUAUAUUUGAACAGCUUAAAGAUCCAUACGCGAGUUUUUACCAGUUUGAAAUUUACAGACAAAUCGCAGAUAAAAAAAUUAACGGUAACAAAAUUGAAAGUAUCGGUAGUGAAGAGAAACGAGAAGUUACUGUGUUCCUAACCAAAGCAAGAGAUUGUUUGUAUCUCACGUUAGAUCGUUUGAGGGGCUCUACAGUCGACCCUAAACAUCCCAUAAACGCCAAAAUCGGCACCGAAUUAGAACAAGUAGACAGACUUUUGUUAGAUAUGGAAUCCAACAAUGUCCAUGAUCUAUUUUCAGACAUAAACCGUUCUCUCGAAGUGAGCACGAGUGAGCAAUACCUGUCGAGCUUAACGCACGUCAGCCACAGUGCUUACACGCCCAAACUCGGGUCGCUAAACCAGUCUACUCCGUUGAAACAUAGCAUGUUGCGCCAAGAAGCCAGACCUAGUCCCGAAAGAAUGGACGCCCAGAUUCGAGAGUUGAUGUCUAUGAAAGAUUCGAUCUUUUCGCUCGUCGCUGAGCAAAAUAGAAAUAUCGUAGAGGUGCAAAAGAGUCUAGUGGACAAGCUGAAUUCAGUUGUCGAUGAACUGCGAUCGAUCAAAAAGGAAGUGGAGACGUUGAAAGAUGUUACGAAGUCAGUUAAUGAUAUUAAGAACUCCAUAGAUGAUUUCCAAAACGUCACGGACGUUAUACAGGAAAUGAAAAAGGAAUUGGUAGACUUCAAGAAAAGUGAUACCAAAAAUCAACUUAGCGACGAAGAUUUGUAUAUACUUGAUGCAGAAUAUAGCGUGGACUACAACAUUGGUUCAACGGCGAGUACGUUCCCGACUGCCGUUCCAGGAGCUUACCAGAACUUCCCAGCUGGCAGAAUUCCGAAUCCAAACCCCAUGGCAGCUGCCUACGGUCCUCCUGUACUAUAUCCUGGUCUCUACCCGGGACUGCCUUAUGCCUAUGGUGGACUAAACUUACAGCCAGGAACCCUUCCAUUUUUGCAAGACCAACAAGCGACGAGUAUCUCAACAUCUGUAGCGUCUCAUCUGCUCACCGGUCAGCCUGCUUUAAGCCAAAAUUUAGGAUUAGAAGCUCUAAGUGGUCAAAUAUUGACGCAAACUGCACCGCCUCCGUUUAUGAGAGAAUUACCUAAAGAUUUAAGCGGAACUACCACGCACGCACCUAAAAUCACGCCGUCGACGUCGAUCUUUGGAAAAGCCCCGCCUGUGAACGUCGUUAUAACAACUUCAGAUCCGCUACCUGCACAGAACACUCUAACUAACCAGCCAGUUCUGUCAGUGACAAUUCCUCCACAACAUAUCAAAGGUAACUUCCUCAAACCCGACGCUACAGCUAACACAGCUGAAUUGGAACCCGUUUCUUUCGGUUUAACACCGAAACUGAGCAUUUCUGGACUGAACAAAACGUUGAACGAAAGUAACGCAAGUAACGUUUCGGCGACAUCGACUGAAGAUUAUGAACCGAACGUGAAUUUUAAGCCUCUCAUUCCGCUACCCGAUGAGGUGUCUGUAAAAACUGGCGAGGAAGGCGAAACCGAACUCUUCUGCGCACGGGCCGAGCUGUUCCGGCAUUCUGUUAGCGGUGACUUAAAGGAAUGGAAACAAAGAGGCAUUGGCAACAUAAAAAUCAUGAAAAAUCCACUGACAAAUAAAUACAGAGUUCUCAUGAGAAGAGAACAAGUACAUAAAAUCUGCGCCAAUCACUACAUAACCGCCGAUUUGGUCCUCAAGGAGAUCCCAACCAAUAACAGAUCCUUCAUGUGGGCAGCUCAAGAUUUUUCUGACGGAGAGAUCACAAGGGAAACCUUCUUGGUUAAAUUUAAACUUGUCGAAGAUGCCAAAAAGUUUUCCGAAGUUUUCGAAUCGGCCAAAAAGUCUUCGAUAUCUACAAAGAUAGAAACUGUCGAUCUUACCAAGAAAGAAACUCCAAAAAGUACACCAAGUACUACGUCUUUGGGAGGUUUUGUUUUUACUGGCACUCCAACGUUUUUGCCUAAGGAUAUUAAGACGUCGGCACCAGUUGCAGAACCAGUUAAAGAAGCGAGCAAACCCAUUACACCUUUCUCGACGUUCGUCUUCGGAAAAUCUGAAGCCAAAGCUGAGCCCAUCAAGUUUACUCCCUUAGUUAUUACGCAAGAAAAGGAAAAAGACGACAGAUCAUCUCCAGUGGAAGAAUUUGUACCGACUGCCGAAUUCAAACCUCUAAUACCUCUACCGGAACUCGUCGAGAUCAAAACCGGUGAAGAAAAUUGCGAAAUUCUAUUCGAAGAAAGAGCGAAAUUGUUCAGGAUGGACACAUCUGGAGAAACCAAAGAAUGGAAGGAAAGAGGCGUCGGUGUGAUGAAAAUAUUGAAAGACGAAUCCGUUCGGCUUCUGAUGAGAAGGGAUCAAGUCCAUAAAGUUUGCUGCAAUCACAGAGUCCUCAAAGAUAUGAUCUUCAAAAUGAACUCGAAAAAUCCCAAAGCGAUCAUUUGGCAAGCCCAAGACUUCUCCGAGGGUGUGCUGCAAACCGAAAUGUUUACUAUACGAUUUAAAACUGCGGAUAUCGCUAGUAAAUUUUUGGAAACCAUACAAAAGGAACAGAGCAGUCUUAACGAAAGCGGUGACAUUUCUGUAAAAGAAACUGUGGAUUCUACGAACACUUCGGCUGCUUCCAAAGUCGAACCCGCCGGUUUCGGCGACAAAUUCAAGGCAAAAGCCGGUUCCUGGGAAUGCAACACUUGUAUGGUUCGAAAUGACGCCAGUGCCUCCGCUUGCGUAGCUUGUAACACGUCCAAGAAUCCUCCAACAGGUCAGAACAUCGAAGAGAAGAAGACCGUCACGUUUAACUUCCUCACAAACACUCAACCUGCCACAAAAACGACACCGAUAAUGGGAUUCGGCGACAAGUUCAAACCUAAACCUGGAUCUUGGGAGUGCAAAACUUGUAUGAUCAAAAACGAAGGAAAAGACUCUAAAUGUGUAGCGUGCGAGACUCCUAGAGAAGGUGGAUUGAAGCAGAACAUUAAAUCAGACGUCAAACCAGCCGUCCCUGAACAGAAAUUCGUCUUCGGCAUUCCCAAUACCACGCCGAUCAAUUUAAGCGGCCAAAACAAGCCCUCCAUCAUUCCUGAUAUAAACCUAGCUGCAAGUACGGCGAACACGCCCGAACAGAAGUGGACUUUCGGUAUUACUAAAACCACACCGACACCUGUAACGUUCGGUAAAGAUGCCGCCCCAGCUGCCGGCGCCGAUAAAUCUACUUCGGCAACGACGAACAAAAAUAGUUUUUCGUUCAUUUCGCCGACAAAGCAGGAAUUCGAGUUCAAGCAGAGACCAUCAAGGAGGAUAAGUCAAGGACACGAUGCAGAGUCAGAUGCAGAUGGUAGUUACGUAGAAGAAGAAGAAGAUAACAUUUACUUCAAGCCUGUAGUUCCUUUACCGGAUAAAGUUCAAGUGAAAACCGGCGAAGAAGACGAGGACGUUUUGUACUCUCAUAGGGCCAAACUCUUCCGAUUUAUUGGAGGCGAGUGGAAAGAAAGAGGCCUGGGAGACAUCAAGAUACUUCGUAAUAGAUACUUUGGAAAAUUGAGAGUCGUAAUGCGCAGAGAACAAGUGCUCAAAAUAUGUCUAAAUCAUACUCUCACAAAAGAUAUAGAAUACAUUGAUAAAGACGAGAAAUCUGUUAUGUUCGCGGCGGCCGAUUUUUCCGAAGGUGAAAUAGUCAAUGAGAAAUUCUGUGUGAGAUUCAAGAACGCUGAAGUGGCCGCGGACUUUAAGAAGGCCAUUCGUGAUGCUCUGGAUGGAAAACCUACAGAAAAUGAACUGACGUCAAAGAAAUCUGAAGAAGAUGUAGUGCUAAUAUCCGAGACCCAAGUAACACCGGAAGAGGAGCAAGAAGCGAUAAAGUUAGGGCUUCCACCCAAGUUUAUGUCUUAUAAACAAUUGCCAGACUGUAGUUGCGAACAAUGCAAAAAGGACGACGAAUACUUGAAGUCUCUUUUCGCUACAGAAGCUCCAAAAAAAGUCGAUGGCACAGCAACCCCAUCUAGCAAAUUUUCCUUCGCCACUGCUAAAUUAUCAGAUUCCAAGACUGCGCCAAAAGACGCAUCUCCGAAUAAGUCUGGUUCACUUAUAAAACGGCAAUUCUAACCCCUCCAAGUGCAAACAAAACAUCAUCAACUGUGUCGUGGCCACCAGCAUCAAGUACCAACAUAUUUUCUUCGACAAAUAACUCAUUCAAUACUGGGGGUCUAUUUUCGAGUACCAAUUAUUCGGAGGUGACACCCCCAAUAAGGAAAAUACCAAUAUAUUUAAUACCAACAUUACAUCCGAUGUUAAAACUACUCCGGUGUCUAGUUCAGCGUUUUCCUCUGGCUCCAGUAUAUUCAGUUUCGAUAGUCAACAACCAUUCAAACCGUUUUCUAACAUUUCGAACAUUUUUGGACAAAACACGCCACCUACUACCAGCUCAUCUAUAUUUAGUCAAACCCCAACCACCACAUCUAACAUUUUUUUACCAAAUACUCCGACUACAAAGGUUUUUGGACAAAAUACUCCAACGACAAAUCUUUUUGGACCAAAAACUGCUACACCUACAGCUUUGGGCCAAAAUACUCCAACCACAAAUCUUUUUGGACAAAAUACUCCUACACCUACAGCGUUGGGCCAAAAUACUCCAACCACAAAUCUUUUUGGACAAAAUACUCCUACACCUACAGCGUUGGGCCAAAAUACUCCAACCACAAAUCUUUUUGGACAAAAUACUGCUACUCCGACUGCUUUGGGCCCAAAAUACUCCAACUCAGAACAUUUUUGGUACAGUUUCGACCAAUACCACUUCCAGCGUUUUCGGCCAGAACACCUUAACCAACACGACUUCGAAUUUGUUCUCGCAAAACACCCCUACUACCACCGUGAACAUAUUCGGGCCGAAAAAUCCACCGCAAACCUCCUCGAUGCUGUUUGGCCAAAGUACACCAACUACUUCUACCAGUAUUUUCGGAGUAAAUGCUACAUCGAACGUUUUUGGUCAACCGUCAAAUUCUGGGUCUAUUCUCGGCAACAAGGUAUCGAAUGCAGCUGAAGAUAAAAGCCAACCAGCUGGUUUUCUGUUUGGUAAUGGAGCUGCGUCUGCUGUUCCCACCAGUAAAGUCGCCCCUAAAGUUCCGUCUACAACAGACUUGAAGGAGACUGAUGAAGUCGUAUUUAAGUGCAAUUCGGACUUAUCGUUCGGAUCGUUGGCCAAAACGUCGUUAAAUGCAGAAGCACCGUUUUAAAAUAGAUGAAAAAUUUUCGUUCCUUGGUACUGGAGCCCCGGUAUUUACCAACAUUAAAAAAGCUGCCGACACCUCUAAAGGCGAGUCUGAUGACGAAAACAACGCUUCUGGCGCGAACGAAGAGUACGACCCUCACUACGAACCAAUCAUACCUCUUCCAGAAGCCGUUACCGUAACCACGGGAGAAGAAAACGAAGCCGUCGUGUUCAACGAGAGAGCCAAACUUUUAGAUUCGAUGCAGAUGCCAAAGAAUGGAAAGAAAGAGGAGUGGGGCAGCUGAAAGUUCUUUUGCACGAAGAAAAAUACCUACCGAUUGUUAUUGAGACGCGAACAAGUAUUCAAAGUAGUCCUCAACCAACUCAUAACCCCCAAUUUCGAGCUUCAACCGAUGGCUACCAGCGACAAAGCGUGGAUAUGGGCCGGAUACAACUACACCGAUGACGAAAAUUGCUUCGAAAAAUUGGCGGUGCUGUUUUAGAACCACAGAAUUGGCUGCUAAAUUCAGCGACGCCAUUAGAGAUGUUUUGUACAGUAUAGCAAAUUCGCCGAACAAAAGUGGAGAUCUUCCCGUCACAGUAGAAGAUUUCGGCAAUGAUAAAAGUCGUGAUAGCGAAACCCAAGAGGAUCCUUUGGAUCCAGAUAACGAGGAAAACGAUGAGGAGUAUAAGUACGACGAUGAUGAUGAGUACGUCGAGGAUGAAGAAUAUGAGAGGACAAUGUUCACUAAGGAAUGUUCUUUGAGCGAACUAGGCCCGAAUGAUCAAUGGAAGCCAGUCGGAAACGGAUAUAUACAGAUAUUUUACGAUCCCAAUAUAUACGCUGCUAGAAUUAUCUUUAAUGAUGAGAACGAAGUCAAUUUAAGUAGCACUAUGAUUGGAACGAAUUCCAAAUUGGAGAGAGAAGAUAAUGAGUGUAUUUGGAAGGCUGUUGAGUGGGCAGGAGGUGCCAACAGUUGGAGAACUUUGAAGGCAACUUUCGACAGCGAUUCAUCCGCGGCCGAAUUUUAUUUGACCUUCCAAGAAGGGCACUCGUUUGCCUUCGAAAUAAGUUUUGUAGACAAAAUUCCAGAAGAUUAAUGUUUUGUUUUAUGUAUUUACAGAUGUUUAUGUGUAUUUUUUUUAACUAUUAAAUAUUAGAUUUUAG